CUUCUUCAAUUCUUCCAAUCCUCCUCCAUAUCACUCAACUCCUCCCACCCCCAUUUUCUCUCUCCUCACUCUCCCACCAUGUCUUUGACAAUCCCCACUAACCUCUACAAACCACUCGCAACCGCUAAACCUAGAAACUUCUCCACAUCUUUCACACCUCGCUCAUCAAAGAUAGUAUGCCAGCAACAAGAAAAUGAUCACCAUCAACCAAACAAACUUGACCUAACCAAGGUUGGAGCCAACGCAGCCGCAGCGUUGGCUCUAUCCUCGGUGCUACUCUCCUCAUGGACAGUAGCACCCGAUGCCGCAAUGGCCGACAUUGCUGGACUAACACCAUGCAAAGAAUCAAAACAAUUCGCAAAACGUGAGAAGCAAGCCUUAAAGAAGCUUCAAUCAUCCCUAAAGCUUUACGCCCCUGAUAGUGCACCCGCUUUGGCGAUCCAGGCUACGAUGGAGAAGACCAAGAGAAGGUUCGAUAACUACGGAAAGUACGGAUUAUUGUGUGGAUCAGACGGCCUUCCUCAUUUGAUAGUGAGUGGUGAUCAGAGACAUUGGGGUGAGUUUAUUACUCCCGGUAUAUUGUUCUUGUAUAUUGCCGGGUGGAUCGGGUGGGUCGGACGGAGUUAUUUGAUUGCAAUUCGUGAUGAGAAGAAGCCUACUCAGAAGGAGAUUAUUAUUGAUGUUCCUUUGGCUUCAAGACUUCUUUUUAGGGGUUUCAGUUGGCCUGUUGCUGCUUACAGAGAGUUGCUCAAUGGUGAUCUUAUUGACAACAAUGUCUAAUUCUUAGUAUUAUUGUUGUUCAAUUGAGAUACUCUAAAGUUGUUGUCUGUUUUAAGCUUGUGUAUGUACUAUAUUAUUAUAUCGUAAGAUACUCUAAUUUGAGAACGUUAUAUAUGUGUGGUGGUUUCGUAAUUUGAUUCUUGAUUGACUCAAUGUUAAUACUAGACCUCUUGCCGGCA